GAGAUUAUUACAGACAAUAAGCAUGUGUGUUCUGUUGUGUAACGCAGUGGUCUCCCGAUCGCACGCGGACACGAUCGAGAACCUGAACGAGAACCUGAUCGAAAGGCCUCGAAAGGUUUGUGAGCGGCUAAAAACACGUCGAACGAAUUAACGAUCAGUCGAUCAGUGUCGCGGCUCUGAAGUCGUCGAUAAGCUUUCGGUUGUGCGUAUCAUGGAAUUGAUUUGGACGCUCGUUCUACUCCUCGCACAUCCAUCCCAGCCGUCGCACCUCGAAGUGGUUUACCAAUGGAAAUAUCUGGAUUGGGUUUGGCCAAAUAUACCUCUGACAGGAAAAAACUACACACUGGGCAAUGCCUUCACGCAAGACGUGGAUAUCGACAGGCAGGGUCGUGUGUUCGUGACGAGUCCGCAGUGGUUGGAUGGUGUACCAAUUAGUUUAUCUUUGGUGACUAAGGCGCAUGGAUCCGGCGGUCAUUUACUCAUACCAUAUCCCAAUUGGUCCUGGCACACGCCGUUUAAUUGUGAAAGCAUUAUAUCUGUCUACAGAGUGGCGAUCGACGAAUGCAAUCGCUUAUGGGUGGUCGACACCGGCAGAAUAAUGGGAGAUGCAAUUUGCCCUACGAAAAUAUUGAUCUUUGAUCUUGCCACGGAUCAGCUAAUCCAUAAAUACGUGGUACCGGAUGAUCAAGUAUUGUACGGGAAAGCGGCAUUAGUUACGCCAAUCGUCGAUGUCGGAAAAACGUGUCUCGAUACUUAUCUCUACGUGGCGGACGUGGAUCAAAAUGGACUAGUGAUUUAUGACUUGUAUCGCGACUAUUCCUGGCGAGUAAACAACACGCGUGGUAACGCUUUUGGCCCGGAUGAGGAUGCUAUGAAUAUUACAAUCGCGGGCGAAUCGUUUGAUUUAACCGAUGGUACGCUCGGUAUGUCAUUGUCGCCGUUGGGAUAUUUUAAUCACAGAUAUUUGUAUUUUAACUCACUUGCCAGUUAUUAUCAGAAAUACACUGACACUUUUUCACUGACGCGAAGCGAGUUCAGAGAGCCGGUGGUAUUUCAAUCAAAUUACAAGCGCGCGAGCCAAGCGGGCGUGCAGGCAACCUCUCGAAGAGGCGUAAUAUUUUUCCAAUUGGUCCAAUUAACUGCCAUUGCCUGUUGGGACAUCGGGAAACCAUUUACUCCGAAGAACGUCGUGAUAAUAGCACAAGACGAGGAGACUCUGCAGUACGUGAGCGGCAUUAAGGUGAUCACAAAUAGGGCCGGCGAGGAAGAAUUGUGGUUCAAUACCAACAGGCUUCAGAAGACGAUAAACAUGAGUCUCAAGUCGACAGAGACAAACUUUCGAAUAAUUAGAGGUACGGUCGACGACAUUAUCCGGGGUACAAAUUGCGAGCCGUACGGCGUAAGAACGGCAACACCAGACACCGUCUUUUGGCAUCAAAUAUAACUUGCGUCAAGACUAGAAGAUAUCUAUCAUUACUUCACCUUUGAAACAUUUCUGUAUAUCAUUUGAACAUAUCAUUACGCGCGAGAAGUGAAAUCGUCGAGCGUUAAAAUUAAAAAAAAAAAAAAAGAAUUACGCAUAAACGGCGCCGCUUUUAUACAAAACUUCUCUUCCCUCCAUUACGCUUCGCGUCCAGAGACGGAUUUGCGACUAAAAGCGACGGAUCGUUUGCGUAUCCGCGCACGGCCGGAUAGAAGGACGGAGUGGCAGCCGGUCCUGCGAAUGACAGCCGGAGCGUGUAGCAAUUUAGUUAACCGUUUCAUUGCUACCUUUUGAGAUGUAACGAUGAGGUCUGUCGGUGACACGAGCGCCGCCGCGAAUCCCGAAUGUUUCGACAGGGCGGCUUGACGCCACGCUGAAUAAGUUGGGGGGAAGGGGGAAAGAGGAGAGGAACGACGCGAUGAAUUUCUUGCCACGGCGACUCGACAAAGUUUUACCGAGCUUUUACCGGUGCGCCGCCGAUUUCGCGCGGAUGGCGGAAUAAAUGCGCAUUCACGGGGAAUUGUUCGCGUUACUCUUCCCCCCCUUGAGAUACCCAAUAGGGCGCGCGCAAUUCCGGGAAAUUCGUGUCACCUACUUCUCUUUCCACGGGGCGCGAUUCGGCGUGUGACUAAUGGCGGCAUAUUCAUGGCGCAGCCUCGUCCCUUUUCCGGUGCCCCCCGCGACACCACCACCUGAUCCUCCCUCUUACGAAGCUCUGGCAGUUAACCUCAGACAACCCCUUCGUCGCGAUAAUAUACGGCUGCCCUUAAAUUUUCGUUUCCCUCCGGCGUGCUUGCUUGGCCUAUCUCACCACGUGGAGCAAGAGAGCCACACGUUCUUCUUCCCAGAAUAACUUGGCUCACCCCUGCGAUUAUUAUUGCGAGGUCGAGCGUCGAUUUUUAUAGCGAUCACGUUGGCACAUUUAUAAUGAGAAUAUUGUGAGAUAUAAAACAAGUCUUUUGCGAUCAAAGUAGUUACAACUUAAAGAUAGGAUGCAGAAUUUAAAGUAGUUACAUUUCAUCGCGGAUGUAUCCACGGCGCAAGAAGAAAAUGUCUCAAAUCGUUUUUACGAGGGUAGUUUGAAAACGAUUUUACGAGAACGAAAUAACAGUUCGAAAUUUCGAAAUAAAUUUGUAUCUCUGUUUUACUGUUUUUGAUAUACAUAACUACUAGCAUUUGGCAGUGAUAUUCGCGCGUAUACGAGUCCGAGUGACCCAGACAGUGCUUUACGCUCGCCGCCGACGAUGUAACAUCGCGGAACGCGCUUGUCAUUCCAAGGAAAGGCACGUGAAUUUUUGCGUGUAUUAUCUUGUUUUAUUAUGAAAUGAAUAUUCACGAAGCAGUCACGCAAUAUAUGUUAUACUUGGUUGAUUUUCAAGGAUAAAUGAUAAAUGCAAUCUGUUACUUGUUA